AUGGUCCAAAUGUACACAAUUGCUGGUCGCCAGAUUGGCUCCCACUACGUACGUCGUCCCUAUCCCGAAGCUCCUGAAAGCUGGUCCGCGCUUGCGAUGGGUGUUCUUGCUACGCUUACUGCUGGAAUAAUGUCGUUCACUGGUGGAUCGAAGGUGCAGAAGGCUCAGGGACCACCAAUUAAUGCGUCAAGCGGCGACGAGGAGAAAUUUAUCAAGGACUUCCUCGCAAAGGCAGAUUCGGAUGGAAAAAAGGGUGGUAACAAUGUCAGUAUGGACAAGGGCGAUGCUGGACGAUAA